AUGACAUUAGGGGGUUGCAGGGUAUAUUUUAAAGCUAAAUCCUCGCAACUCGCAACUCGCGAGCAGCCGGUCAGUCCGGAUUUCGACGUGCGAGCAGAUGCGCGUGUUGGCAACGCAUUUGCCGUCGUACAUGCGAGAAAAAAGUGUACUUACCUCAGAGCUGUGAUAAACCCGAAAACCAUCAGGAUGGAUACGGGAACAAAGACCACGAAAAAUCGAAACCCGGCCGAGAACGCCAACCCUUUGUCGCAUCUCUUAUUUUUAUACAUGAUUCCUAUAUUCAAAAAAACGUACAAGUACAAACUGACAGAAGAAGAUCUCUUUGCACCGUUGAAAGAGCACAAGUCUAGCCUGUUAGGAUCGAAAUUAGAAAAAUUAUGGAACGAGGAAUACAGGAUACACAAAAAGACUGCACUACAUAGGGCUUUAUUUAGAUUAUUCGGUCUUAGAUAUAUGAUAUUAGGAAUUAUCAGAUUAAUCGACGAGAUUCUAUUGAUACUUAUAGUGCCUUAUUGUAUACGAAUGUUGGUUUCGUUUUUGGAAGCCGGCCAAACUCGAAUCUCUAAAAACGAGGCGCUAAUCUACGCUACCGUAUUGAUAGUCACCUUCUUCUUGGACGGGCUGCUGCAGCAACCGAACUACAUGGGCUUGCAGCACAUCGCCCAGAAAAUGCGAGUGGCCUGCACUAGUUUGAUAUACAGAAAAACGUUGAGAUUCAGCAGAGCAGCUCUAUGUAAUACCACUGUGGGACAUUUAGUCAAUUUGAUAUCCAACGAUGUGAGCAAAUUCGAUCAGACGUUCGGUUUAACUCAUUACGCUUGGAUUGGGCCGAUACAAGUCGCUUUGGGUACGUGGCUGUUGUACAGGGAAAUCGGCGUCAGCGCAUUCUUCGGUUUGGCUUUUCUCAUUUCCCUCGUGGGACUUCAAAUAUGGCUGGCCAAGAGGAUGUCUAUGAUGCGAUUGAAAACCGCCCUGCGAACUGACGAAAGAGUGAGAUUAAUGAAUGAAAUUAUAUCCGGUAUACAGGUGAUAAAAAUGUACUGCUGGGAGAAGCCGUUUGCAGAGUUAAUCGAUUACGCUAGGAGAUUGGAGAUGAGAGCCAUCAGAUCCCAUUCUUGCCUUCUGGGUGUUCUAUACUCCUUCGAAGUGUUUGUUUCGAGGACGGCGAUCUUCUUCAGCAUCCUGGGGUUCGUCCUUUUAGGUCACAACGUCUCGGCCGACAAAGUUUUCGCUAUUACAGCAAUUUAUAAUCAAAUACGAACCGUCAUUACGAUUAUAUUCUCGUUGAGUAUAUCGGCUUUCGCGGAAAUCAACAUUUCCAUACUCAGGAUCCAUCACAUUUUGACUUUCGAUGAAAAAGAGAAGGACGAAUCCACCGCUAGCGUCAUGAACGGAAACUCCUACUUGAAAUUCGACGCCAUCAAGAACGGUGUUAACGGCACCAGCAACAAAAUCGAAUUACAAUCGAAGACUAAAACUCCCAAAGUCGUUUUAUCGGAAGUAUCCGCUAAAUGGCAAGAUGACAUGCUUGAGGAUACUCUAUCGGACAUCACCAUCAACAUAUCUUCAAACGAAUUGCUCGCCAUAAUAGGACCGGUCGGCAGCGGCAAGAGCAGCAUUAUCAACCUCCUUCUGAAAGAACUGCCCGUCAAAUCGGGCAAGAUGGAAACCACCGGUAGAAUUUCCUACGCUUCGCAAGAACCUUGGCUAUUCGCCGCCAGCGUCAGGCAAAACAUCCUCUUCGGCGAGCCGUACAUCGAGGAACGCUACCAGCAGGUCGUCGAAGUCUGCGCGUUGAAAUCCGACUUUUCCCUGCUGCCGUACGGCGAUAAAACCUUCGUCGGCGAGAAGGGAAAAGCCUUGAGCGGCGGACAAAAGGCCAGAGUGAACCUAGCCAGGUGCGUCUACAAGCAAGCCGACAUCUACCUCCUGGACGACCCUCUAUCGGCGGUGGACGCGAACGUCGGCAAACACCUAUUCGACAAAUGCAUCAAGAAAUUCCUCGCGGACAAAAUCUGCAUACUGGUCACCCACCAAUUGCAGUAUCUCAAGAACGCCAAUCGCAUAAUCAUCAUGAAGGACGGCAGGAUCGAGAUGACGGGCAGCUACAUGGAAUUGAAGAAGAGCGGCUUGGACUUCGCCAAAGUCAUGCAGGAGUUCCAGCACGAGGACGAAGAGGAGAAGCGGAUGAAGUCGAUUAAAUCGAAGGCGUCGAUUUACGACGAACCGAUGGAGUACGAGGAAGAGCAAAUUAUUGAGAAGGAAAUGCAAGAGAAAGGAAGCAUCAAAGCGGCGACUUAUUACCAGUAUUUGAAGUCUGGCGGGGGAGUUUGCUCGAUGCUGCUCCUGGGAUUUUUGUUCAUCUUUUGCCAAGUCGUCGCUAACGGUGGAGAAUAUUAUGUGACUUAUUGGGUGAAUUUGGAGCAGGAUUACAAUGAAAAGGUAGCCAAGAAUCUAAGCACUGAAAACGACACUAUAGACAGGGAGUUCAUAAUGUGGACCUACUCGGUAUUAACUAUCGGAAAUAUCGUGGCCUCGUUGAUCAAAGCCGUUUACUUCAUGAUAUUCUUCGUUAUCGCUUCCAAACGUUUGCACAGCUACAUAUUUUCGAGGCUAAUAAAGGCCACCAUGAGAUUUUACAACACCAAUCCGACCGGGCGGAUUUUGAACAGAUUUUCCAAGGAUUUGGGUACCGUUGAUGAGUACAUACCCUCGCUUAUAAUUGACGUUGUUGAAAUAACUCUGCUCUUAGCCGGAAGUAUAGCUCUAUCUGCCAUCAUCGAACCUCUUCUGGUUGUACCAGCUCUUGUUAUGAUGGUGCUUUUUUACCUGUUGAAAGUCGUGUAUUCGGAGACCAGCCGUAACGUUAAAAGAGUAGAAGCAAUUACGAAAAGUCCCAUUCUGAACCACCUGGCAGCUUCCGUGAACGGCAUUGAAGUAGUACGAGCUUUCCACGCUGAAGAAAUGUUGACUGAAGAAUUCGACAAUUACCAAGACAAUCACAGCGCCGCUUGGUUCCUGUAUUUAGGUUCCAGUAAAUGCUUUGCCCUUUGGCUGGAUUUAGUUUGUAUAUUCUUCAUAGCUACCGCUUUAUACGCCUUGCUGUUGUUCAGAAAUGACAUUCACGGUGGCGAUUUGGGUUUGAUAAUAACCCAAUGCUUGGGUUUGUUGGGCUCGCUUCAAUGGGGAAUGCGACAGUGGACGGAUCUGGAGAACAACAUGACUUCGGUGGAAAGAAUUUUGGAGUACACUCGUUUGGACAUGGAGCCGGAGAGGAAGGAUUCCGCGAAAUUGCCGUCGAAAUGGCCGGAGCACGGUAAAAUCCAAUUCAAAGACGUGUACUUGAGAUACAGCUCGACGGAUCCCUACGUACUCAAAGGACUAAACUUCACCAUCCAACCGAAAGAAAAAAUCGGCAUAGUCGGAAGAACUGGUGCAGGAAAAUCUUCCACCAUCACCGCUUUGUUCCAGUUGUACGGCACAGAAGGGACCGUCUUAAUCGACGAUGUUAACAUCACUGAAUUAUCGUUGGAUACCCUCCGUUCUAAUAUCUCCAUCAUACCGCAAGAACCGGUGCUGUUUUCAGGUCCGAUGCGCAAGAACCUGGAUCCGUUCGAAAACUACAGCGACGACGUGCUGUGGAACGCGCUCGAGCAGGUGGAACUCAAGGAAAUCGUGCAAGACCUACCGGCCGGUCUCAACAGCAUGGUGUCCGAAGGCGGAAACAACUUCAGCGUGGGCCAACGGCAAUUGGUGUGUCUGGCCAGAGCUUUGAUAGGAAAUAAUAAAAUUUUAGUUAUGGACGAGGCCACGGCCAACGUCGAUCCGCAAACUGACGCACUGAUUCAACGGACUAUCAGAGAGAAGUUUGCUGAUUGCACGGUUUUAACGAUAGCUCAUAGGUUGCACACUGUCAUGGAUUCGGAUAAGAUAUUGGUAAUGAAUUCCGGUAGGGUUGAAGAGUUUGAUCAUCCAUAUCUGUUGUUGGAGAAUAAGGCCAGCAUAUUGUAUAAUUUAGUCGAAGCGACGGGAAACUCUACUGCGAAAUAUUUGGAAACUAUUGCCAAAGAAAGCUACGAGAAGAAAACGAAUUGAAUAUACCACUUUACUCUCCCAAUUUACCUUUUUUAAAAAUGCUGUGAUCUUUUCAUACCUUCGAAGAACAGUAUUUAGCCAGUUAUAAUGUUUUUGUUACUUGCCAUUUUAUUAUUAUUAUUAUUAAUAUAAUUUUUAGUGUAAAUUAAAUAUAUUUCCUACGUAAAAA